AGAACUCUUUGUAAGCAAUAAAGUUUGGGGUGACGACAAACGUGUUAGGCCGUGGCUGUCCCCACUCUCACCUGCCUACUUACAGAACCUACUUACAGAUCCUAACAGCUGCCUCCCUUUGCCUUCUUGGUGGGAUCUUCCCAGGUCUGCCCUUUAUUGUGGGCAAGGACUGUUUUCAACCCUUGAGCGAGGUCACUCUUCCCCCUUCCCCCUCCCAGUGGGAGCUUCCAGGCCUCCUUUUGGCCUAUCUAUUCAGACCAGUUAGGCAAGAUGCCCCACCUGGUGGCAGUAGGGAAGCCCCUGGCCUGGGGGGGGGGGGGGGGGACCAGGAGCCCAGAACAAAGACUGCCCCACCCACUCCUGUCCCUGAGGCCUGGCUUCCAGGGAACAGAACCGGGAGCCAGCCUAGACUCCCAGCCCUGAGUGACCAGAGUUGACUUGCCAGGAGUGGGCUCCUGUCUGAGGAUGAAUUCCACCCACCCUCCCCCCACACCCCAGGCCGCCCUGAGCACAUGGUGCCUUGUCAAAUCUGGCUGCACACCCCCGGAAUCCUUGCUCAAGUAUGUGCGCGUGCUCCAGGCAGGUGCAAAGGCCAUCCAAGCUUACCGGUCGCGGCCCUCUCUGGGACUGCUGGGAAGAGCCAAGCAGUCAGUCUUGCGUCUUUGGAGAGGGCUGGGGCUGCGGGGGUGGGACAGCCUUCUCCGGAGGACACCUCCCAAGGGCCGCCCCGCCCGUGAGCCGGGAAUCCUGAGCGCUGUUCCCUGUCCGCGGGAGGGUCGCGGCAGGGACGUCACAGAGGCGGCGACAUCACAGGCGCCAGCGCCCCCCCCUCCAACUCCCAACCAAAGAGUUCACUGGAGGCGGAGGGGCAGCAACCAGCAGCCCCCUCCCCGCCUCCCCGACAGAGCCUCGGUCAGCAUGGGGGUGACAGGUGCCAAUGGAUUUCCCUGCUGUGGCAAGGAGUCAGUGGACAUUGUGGAGACGCAGGGCACCAUAACCCAACACCAGUUCCAGCUGGCACAAGAAAAAGAGGAGACUGAGCCGGAGAAAGAUUUGCUAGAACUGAAGCCCGUGCAGAAAGAGGACCUGUACCUUAAGCCAAAAGUGGAGCUGGAGCCCAAGCCAAAGCCCAAGGACCCUGAGCAGCAGGAGUAUAGGACAGAGUUCCUCCAGCCCUUCCCGCAGCAGGACAUCAGCCAGUGGAGCGUGAGGUCCAAUUCCAGCUACCUGAGUGCUGCCGAGAAGGGCAGGGCGUCCGCCAACCAUCGCUCCAUCCGCGUGCAGACCUCCAAGCACCUCUUCUGGGCAGACAAACUCAUCCAGGCUUCCGAACACAGCCUGCAGCAGGCGGUCGGCAGGCAGCUGGACAAGAAGAGUACAGGUAAGGCCACCAGCCAUCAGGACCAGCAGUCCAACCUCAAGGACGCCACGUGCUCCAAGCAGCAGCUCCAGAGCCCCCACGCCCAGCCAGCUCUUCCGGCCGCAGACGCCCAGCAGCCACCGGAUCCCCACCCGGCCUCCCCCAGUCCCUCACCAGCCAUUGGCCUGGCAGAGCUGACCAACUUUGCAUCUUCCUUGGCCGUGGCCUCCUCCAGCAAUAUGGACUUGCCCAAAUUGGAGCAUAUGAUCAAAGCUCCACCACAGAAGGCCGAGGCGCCUUCUACAGAUCCUGCCGUGCCACCGGCCGUGGACCAGCCGGAGAAGGAAGAGCUCGCUAAGGAAUGGCUAGAGAAACCACUUGAAGCAGGGGAGCCACAGAAAGCUUGGAAGCAGGAAGACAAGAGCUUCCCCCACUCUUACCUUGACUUCAACAAGCCGGGGGUCAAGAGGGCCACCAUCGAGGGGGAAGUGAAGCUUCUCCAGGCACCGACCAUAUCCCCUCCGCCUCAAGGAGCCGUGGAAGACUCACUGCCAGGAACCAGGAAAGGGAGUCCAUUAUUGCUGAAAAUCCAUUUUAAGAGGCGGGGGCAUGAUGGGAUCAUCUUAGGAGAGAGCCUCCUGGAGGUGGGCUGGGCAGGCAGCAGAAGGCAGAAGACCAAAAGAGCCCCGUCGUCGGCACAGAGAACGUACAGGCCUCCACAGAAGCCUCGAAGACUGCCCCCACCAGACCCAGGAGAGGAGCAGCCCUGCAGGACGCAGAAGGGGAGGCCGCAGCAGCCUACUGCCCUGCUGACCCAGGUGGAGCCAGCAUCCAUCAGGGCCACAGGGGCUGAGCAGGCUUCCCCGAGGGCCAGGGAGGGCAAGCGCCUUGCAGCUACCCGUUUGGUGCAGUCUGGCUCAGGUUCUGGGUCUCAGAGCAGAAGCAGCUGUGCAGACGAGAACCUGCUACCCAUGACACCCCGGCAGCUGGCAGCGUUCCAGGAGAUCUUCAAACUGUUCAGCCCCAGCCCGACAGGCACUGUGGACAUGCGCAGCAUGAGAGCUGCCCUGCGCCACGUGGGUAUCCAGCUGAGCCCUCAGGAGAUGUGUGAGGCUCUGCGGCAGGCAGACCUGGACGGUGAUGGAACUGUAAGCUUUAAAGACUUCCUGGGUGUCCUUACCGACAGCUACCGCCUGGCUCAGUGCUUGGGCCAGGCGAGGAACAGCCGGUUCUAUGACCCCCAGGGCCUACAGACCCUGUUCUUAGAGAUUCUGUUCAAGCUGAUGAGCCAGGGCUUUGUCCCCCACAAGUCGGUGCAGGAAGUGAUGAGCUACUACACCAAGAAGCAGCGGGCUCUGCGGCCGAACCCAGGCUGGAAGGACAGGUGGCGUGACCACAGCGGCUCCGCGGGCGCUCCCGGGGGCCUCACCUUCUUCUGCCAGGCGGCGCGCCUCAGCGGCCUCUCCAGCAACGAGCUGGAGCUCUCGCUGCACAGACUAAACAAAGCGGGUGCGCGCAGCCCCUACUCUCAGAUCCCUAACUUGGCGAGGCAGACACCGCCAGAAAACAGGCAGAAACGAGCCCCGCGCCCUAACGUCCGACUUCUCAAGUCCUGCCAGCCCAGCAGCCACAAGCUUGGGCCCAACCAAGGGUCUCUCAGCGCCGGUGAGAGCAGAUAAAGGGGGCGGGGCGAA